ACGCUGACGUCGACUUCUGCAGCAAAAUGGCGUCGUUGACAGCAGUCAUGCAGACGAGCCUGCCCGGUUCUUUAUUAUCUUCCAAAAAACGAACCGGAAUGAAGUCCCAAAGGAGGUUCAGACUUUUGGACAACAGUGUCUUUGUGUUACUUGCGUUAGCCUCUGUGUUGCAUUGUGCUUUGGCUGACGGCAAAACGUUGGUUCUGCUGGACAACCUCAACAUCAAAGACACCCAUUCAAUCUUCUUCCGCAGUCUGGCAGAUCGAGGCUUUGACAUCACAUUCAAGACGGCUGACGAUCCCUCCCUAUCUCUGAUCAAAUACGGACAGUUCCUGUAUGACCAUUUAGUCAUAUUUGCACCAUCCGUUGAGGACUUUGGAGGGAACAUAAAUGUGGAGACUAUCACAUCCUUCAUUGAUGGUGGAGGCAAUGUCCUGGUUGCUGCUAACUCAGAUAUUGGUGAUCCCCUGAGGGAGCUGGGCAGCGAGUGUGGCGUGGAGUUUGAUGAAGAAAAGACUGCCGUCAUCGACCAUCACAACUACGACGUGUCUGACCCUGGAGAGCACACCCUGAUAGUUGCUGACCCAGAGAACCUGAUGAAAGCUCAAACCAUUGUUGGUACACCCACCAACAGACCGGUUCUAUUCAAGGGUGUUGGCAUGGUGGCAGACCCAGAGAACCCUCUUGUCCUGGACAUCCUGACCGGCUCCUCCACUGCCUACUCCUUUUUCCCCGACAGACCCAUCUCUCAGUACCCCCAUGCUGUUGGCAAGAACACCCUCAUGAUCGCCGGCCUUCAGGCCAGAAACAAUGCCAGAGUGGUUUUCAGCGGCUCCCUAGAGUUCUUCAGUGACGCCUUCUUCAACUCUGCAGUGCAGAAAGCCACGCCCGGCUCCCCGAGGCACGAGCAGACAGGGAACAUGGAGCUGGCCGAGGCUCUGUCUCGCUGGGUGUUCAAGGAGGCCGGAGUCCUCAGGGUGGGAGCUGUCACCCAUCACCCUGUUGGAGAGGUCAAUCCCCCAGCAGCGUACACAAUCACUGAUCUUGUGGAGUACAGCAUUGUCAUCGAGAUGUUGUCCCAGGGUAGCUGGGUUCCCUUCAACGGAGAUGAUAUUCAGCUGGAGUUUGUGAGGAUCGAUCCCUUCGUCAGGACUUAUCUCAAGAAAAAGGGAGAUAAAUAUAGUGUCCAGUUCAAGCUGCCCGAUGUGUACGGAGUCUUCCAGUUCAAGGUCGACUACAACAGACUGGGAUACACACACCUUUACUCCUCCACUCAGGUUUCCGUACGUCCCCUGCAGCACACUCAGUACGAGCGCUUCAUCCCCUCAGCCUUCCCAUACUACGCCAGCGUGUUUUCCAUGAUGGCCGGACUCUUUAUCUUCAGCAUAGUGUUCCUGCACAUGAAGGAGAAGGAGAAGUCAGACUAAUGCAGAGCGACAACGGGGAAGGGAUAACGAGAUUAUAGAAAACAUGUGGUGUGAAGAGCUGAAAUUGAAUGUCUUAAAUCUUCAUGCCAGGACUUGGAUUGCAGUCCUCCCAAAAAAAAUACAGUUUCUCUUCAGUUAUUGGGUUAUUCAACAAAUCGGGGGCUGGAAGCCAAAAGGGGUUACUGUUAUGCAGUGGUUGGGUUUUUUAGUUUUUUUUUUGUACUCUGAAAUCACUCAAAGCCUGAUCAAUGUCCUGAAGUCAGUCAGCGUUUGUAUAGAGUUGCUUUACAUUUGAUAAAAUUAUCUCCUAUGUAAAGCACUGUCCCUCGAACAUUGAAAGGAAUCCAUAUUUAAAUUUGACACACAUGUUCUCAGUCAGGGAAGUUUAUUGUGGUAACUACAUGCACUGAAAAUGCCAACUGCUAAUUUGUUUUUUGAUAAGUGUUUCCAAAAAAGUUGGAGUCAUCUUGACAAUAAAAUAUUGACAUUCCACUAAAUAAAAAA